GCCGGCUUCACACGUUUGCCGAGUCCAUCGCCCGAAACCGCCGAGUACAUAAACAGCGCUGAAGCGAGAGCGGGAGCGAAAUUUGAUGCCCUCUCCUCCCUCGCUCUCACCGCUGCAGCUUCUCCGCAUCCAAAAGUGCUUCCCCAACGCAUGGAACCAGAAGCGCUUCCCCACUCCGCUUCCUCUCUCCCCUUCCCCACCGCCCACGCAGGAAACCGCUCUCCUCUCUCUCCUACGCUCCAUCGAAGCCCUCUCCUUUGCGGGCCACCUCUCCGACGCCUUCGCCGCUUUCUCUCUCCUCCUACGCCGCUCUCCUCCCGCUUUCUCUCUCCUCCGCCCCGUCUCCUCCCUCCUCCGCGUCGCCGCUUCACAACGAGCCCUAAUUCAAGGUGAGCAGCUCCACGCGCGCAUCAUCUCUCUAGGGUUCCAAACCCACCCAAUUUUGGUCGCCAAACUCGUGUCCUUCUACUGCGAGCUUGGUUUGUUGAAGGAAGCUCGCGUCGUCGUCGAAGGAGCGAGGGAUGCGCGAGCUGUGCCGUGGAAUUUGUUGAUUAGGGCUUGUAAUCGCAGGGGGUUCUGGAAAGAUGCCAUUUUUAGCUACAAAAUGAUGUGCGAAUUGGGCGUGGGGGCGGAUGUGUUCACGUACCCGUCGGUCCUCAGGGCUUGUGGGGAAGUGUUUGAUUUGAAUUUGGGGAAAGUGAUACAUGGGUGUGUAAAUAAAAGAGGUUUGGAGUGGGAUUUGUAUGUGUGGAAUUCGCUGAUUGGGAUGUAUGUGAAGUGCGAGGCGGUGGAUGUUGCGAGGGAAGUGUUUGAUGAAAUGGGUGAGAGAGAUGUUGUUACUUGGAAUUGUAUGAUUUCUGGGUAUGCAUCAGAGGGGACGUGGGAGAAGGCUUUUGAGUUGCUACAACUGAUGCCGGAGAAUGUGCGAGUCAAUACGAUUACUUGGAACACUGUACUUGCGGGGAAUUUGCAAAUGGGUAAUUAUGUAGAGGUGAUUAGACUGAUCUCACAAAUGGCAAAUGAUGGAUUAAAUGUUGAUUACGUUACGCUUGUAAUCGGUUUGAAAGCAUGCUCUAGGGUUGAGAACGUGAAGGUUGGUAAGGAGAUUCACGGAUUGGCCAUUCGUCUAGGUCUAAAUGAGAUUGAGAAUAUUACAAAUGCUUUGAUCACAAUGUACUCCAAGAGUCGGAACACGAAUCAUGCUUACGUUUUAUUUAGGAUGAGUUUGUUUCGGAGUUUGGUGACUUGGAAUGCCAUGCUAACGGGAUUUGGGCAUAUGGGCCGAGUAGAGGAGGCUUCUUUGCUGUUUAGGGAAAUGAUUUUUUCCUGUGUAAGGCUAAAUUACGUAACUAUCAUAACUAUGGUUUUGCUUAGUGCACAUAUAGAGAAUUUAAGAUAUGGAAGUGGAUUACAUUGCUUUAUAAUCAAGCGAGGAUUUGAGGGCUAUCAAUUAGUACAAAAUUCUCUUGUAGACAUGUACUCCAAAUCAGGAAAGAUGUCAGAUGCCCGUAAGGUGUUCGGCAUAAUUAGGUUUCGUGAUAAGAUACCGUACACUUCAUUAAUUUUGGGUUAUGGGAAAUUAGGGCAGGGAAUUACUUCACUGAAGCUAUUUGAUAAGAUGGUCACCCAUGGGAUCGAUCCAGAUCACAUCACAAUGGUGGCUAUCCUCGCAUCAUGUAGUCACUCUGGACUAGUAACUCAAGGUCAAAUCCUAUUUGAAAAGAUGGUUACUGUAUAUGGGAUUAUACCUAAAGUAGAGCAUUUCUCUUGCAUGGUCGAUUUGUACUGUCGAGCAGGUUUGUUAAAGAAGGCGGAAGAGAUAAUUGGUAAAAUGCCGCUAAGGGCUAGUGCCGCUAUGCUAGCGACACUUAUUGAGGCUUGUCGUGUUCAUGGGAACAUUGAGAUUGGGGAGCGCGCCGCAAAGAAGCUGUUAAAUAUGAGGUCGAAUGAUCCUAGUCACUAUAUAUUGAUUGGUAACUUCUAUUCAUAUGCUAGAUUUUGGCCGGAGCUAGCUAUGGUCAAAUCGGUUAUGAGAGAUAUGGGUUUAAGGAACAGUCCUAGUUGUUCUUGGCUGGAUAAGGAGUAUGGUUUAUGUAGAUUCAAGUUAGAUGAUAUGUUAACCCAACAGGAAAACAGCAACUUAAUGCUCUUGGGAGUGUUGUCUGAUCACAUGAAAGAUGAUUGCUAUGCUGCUGAUGAAGAAAAGAAGUAUGAUGAGGCGGUUGGUGGAUAGAAAAAUAUUGCAGUUCUAUCAGUAAUUAUUUGGGAGUUAUAUACUUCUUUGUUUAAGAUGGGUGACUAAUGGAUUGAAGCCGCAGAAUGAAUUGUUCAUCUAAGAUAUAGUUUGUCUGGUUUGGCUUCUAGAAAAGCUUCUCUACUGUAGGAAACAGAAAAGUCUGGAGCUGUUUAUGUGGAGGGCAACUAAAAUGAACUUUUGGGCCACAAAAUUAAAAAAUCUAAUUCGAAGCUUCUAUUUCUGCUGUAGCCGAAAGCUGUCGAGAUGAUUUUUCAGUCAAAAGGCUAUAGGGUUCUUCAAACAUCUCUAGUCAAACAACCGUUCUAGAAAAGUUCCAGCCAAGCUAGAUGGGCCCUACAUGAGUUAGUAUUGAUGUAGGAGGUGGAGCUGGACAGAGAAAAUUGCGGAGUCUAAUUUCCUAUGUAAUUUGGAAGGUCGGGACAAUAACUGUUGAAUGCAUCUUCGUGGCACAGGACACAUGCAAGCACCAUCUUCCUCAUGGUAAAUUUUCAGACGAACUUCGUCAAGUUCAGCUUCUGAGCAUCUGUAUUAUCAGAUUACAUGAGGCUACAUCCUAACAUCGUACGCAACGAAUAUGCUCUCCUUGUUUUCAGUUUCGAGGCCUCUUCAUUCCUUUCCUCCUCCAUGAACUCCAGGUUCUGUAACAUCAACUUUGAAACUUUCACUAGGAUCGAUCAAUUUGUGACCAGGAGUUGGUUAAUUAUGCAACUUUAGGACUACAACUUGAAGUUUUGCCUUUGAUUUCCAGUAUGAUCCUGAAAAGUUCAUUCGAAUGUGCACAAAAUUUGAAUCGAAUUUUGUUCACCUGCAGGCUCAUGGAGUAGAUUCCAUCUUUGAAUAUUGCACUAAAUUUCGGAUGAUUGAUAAAUUCAGAUGUAAAGUUUCACUGUAAUGGUUUGAUGGAUCACAUCAGUUCUAUAGUUGAACAGUAAUCGUAAUUCUUUCUCUCUCUACUCUCCCCCAAAAUAAACAGAUGAAUACGGUGCACGGCUAAUGGAUUGGACUAGGUCUAGGCAGUAAUUUUCCCUGUGGACAGGCUCUCUAUUUAAUUUUAGACAAAUACUUUUCCAAUAACCCCAAUCAUGUGUUCUUUUCAAAAAGACAUUACUAAAACGGUACGAGGAUUAUGAUUUGGUAA